CCACCUUCCUUGUAGCCCACACACAGCUAACUUCACAUUCCUGCUGACAGCAGUGAUUCCUACGUGUGUGUGUGUGUGUGUGUGUGUGUAUCAGCUGACACUAGUAUGAUGCUAGCAUGUUAGCUUCGGAGUUAACAGCUACAUUUUCUGUAAUAGUUCGUCGAGAUAGCAGCGCUCAACUCCUACGUGGUUUGACGACUUGAAUUGAAAUCGUUUCUCCUGGUUGCAAACACUAAUUACCGUGCUCAAGGGGAGGUGUUUUACUUUCUUUAAAAAUAGACUACCUGUUUGGAACAUUCGCAGACUAGCAGCUAGGAAGCAAAUCCUAGCACGGAGCAACAGUGGCUAGCUAUGACUUCAGGUUAGCUAACCUGCGGGCGUCUUCAUGGAGAGCAAAGCUUUGACUUUAAGUCAAAGCUUUUCAGUCUAGUGCGAAGUUGUGAGAACAGACUGUGAGGUAAAUGUUGAUUAAAUGGCAAAAACUAAGCAGGGUAAUGGACUGGACUGGGGCAGCACAGACAAGCUGACAGAUAAUGGGAAAGACGGGUUGUAUGGACGUGAGGCAGAGGUAAAUGGCAAUGCCAUCCCUCAGGAGGAGCGGGUGGAUAAGUACGGAUUCAUCGGUGGAGCCCAGCAGUCCGGUGGAGAAGCUACAGAAGAAAUUCCCAUUGAGGUCCUGAGACUACGAGAGUCAAAAUGGCUGGAGAUGCUCAACAACUGGGACAAGUGGAUGGCCAAGAAACACAAGAAGGUGAAAGAGCGCUGUCAGAAGGGGGUCCCCCCAUCGCUGCGUGGCCGAGCCUGGCUCUACCUCACUGGGGGCAAGGUGAAGAGGGAGCAAAACCAGGGCAGAUUUCAGGAACUGGAUGACCAACCAGGAACUUCAAAUUGGGUAGAUAUAAUUGAGAGAGAUCUUCAUCGGCAGUUUCCCUUUCACGAGAUGUUUUCAGCAAGAGGAGGUCAUGGGCAGCAGGACCUGUUCCGUGUUUUGAAGGCUUAUACACUGUAUCGUCCAGAAGAAGGUUAUUGUCAGGCUCAGGCUCCUAUUGCUGCUGUUCUCCUGAUGCAUAUGCCAGCUGAGGAUGCUUUCUGGGUUCUUGUCCAGAUUUGUGAAAAAUACCUUCCUGGAUACUACAGCACAGGACUGGAGGCGAUCCAGCUGGACGGUGAGAUCCUGAACGCUCUGCUGAAGAAGGUUUCCCCUGUGGCCCAUGGCCACCUGAAGAAGCACAAGCUGGAGCCAAUCCUGUACAUGACCGAGUGGUUCAUGUGCGCCUUCUCUCGCACUCUGCCGUGGGCUUCAGUGCUGCGUGUUUGGGACAUGUUCCUUUGUGAGGGAGUGAAGAUCCUGUUCAAGGUUGGCCUGGUUCUCCUAAAAUACAUGUUGGGAUCUCAAGAAAAAGUGAAGGCCUGCCAAGGUCUCUAUGAAACAAUGGAGCUGCUGCGAGCUAUAAAGCCUCAGUACAUGCAAGAGCGGUUCCUGGUCCACGAGAUUAUAGCAUUACCAGUGUCUGAGAGAGACAUCGAGAAGGAACAUCAUACUCAGCAGCGCCGCUGGAAGGAGACUCGCGGGGAUCUAAACUGUAAGUCCCCUCCCAGAAUGCACGGCGCCAAGGCCAUCAUGGCCGCCGAGCCACCCAGCCGGCAGGACCUGAGACAGCGGCCCACCAUCAUCGUGGAGUCUCCCCUGGCGACCAAGACGGGCGUGCUGCAAGCAGACGACGCAAAGAGAGGCAAGAAUGGUAAGGAUUGGCCGAAGACGACAAUCCUGCCACCGGUGGAGACGGUGAAUCCUUAUCCUUCUUCCAGUGACCCGUUGCCUCUCCUCAAACACAUGACUUUGCAAGAGUCCAAAGAAAGUCUGAGCAGUGCAGAGCAUGACACUUACCUGUAGCAGGGUAAGUAUCACACCAGUUUACUGAUAAGAAAAAAUCAUUACAUACAGCCUUUACUAAUUUAGCGGAUUCUAGAGCCGUCUGUGAGCCUGUCCUUCACCUCUGUCUGUAGGAGAUGCGACAGGUUUCAGCUUCAGAUGAAUGUUUUUGCUGUCGGGACACUCCAACAAAACAAAAGUUUUGAAAUUUAAAAAAAAAAGGUAAUUAUGAAGUCUUUGUGAAAGAAAUCGAAUGUUUUUAUCUGACAAAAAUCAACGUUUGCAGUGUGAAUCAUGUGUCAAUGCCAGGGAGCAACAGCAGGUGGCGACUGUGUGCACUUUUCUACUCCUUUUGUAAAGUUGAAUAUGACGCUCUGAGCUUCGUAUGACUGAACAUGUAGGGAUUACAGACUCACUAUAUCACUGUUAACAGCUUCUGCUGCUAUUUAUGUCUUAAAGGAAUGCUCUGGUUCUGUGCUCUGUUUAUAAAUGAAGUCUUUUUAUUAUUCUUAAUUUUCUUGAGCACUUUCUAGGUGACAUCAGCCGACAGAGAUUUGCAUUCUUCCUGCUUUUGUUGUUUUUGGUCAUUUGCAGACACAACACUUACUGGGUCUUUUGUGCUGCAUUUGCUAUUGUUUGACACUAGAGGGCGCUUUGAGAUUAUCUCUCUCUGCCUCAGUAGAAACCAGCAGAGGUGGAUUAGGAGCAGAAACAGAAGCUGGGUGUGUGACUCUCAAAUGAAGGAAGAAGUGUGCAGGGAUAUUCUUUUUUUAUUUUUUAACGCCACUAAGCCAAAGAUUUAUAUAACGCAUAUUUUUUUUUGAAAAGUAUGUUUUCCAGACAAUUAUUUUUGUCCUUUAGUUGUUGGGGAAAAUGUAGGGUUUAUAUUGAAGUAAAAGAUAAACAAUGCUGUAUUGAAGAAUGCUAAUAUGAAGCUGUUUUGUACAAUCACGUCGAAAAUUUAUACUAAAAUAUAUUUGAUGCUAGUUAAAAAAAGAGGAGAAUAUGGCAUUGGGAGAUGUUUUUGUUGUUUUGUUGAAAUGCUUAAAUAGUUGUAUAUUUUCAGAUUACUUUGGGGUUUUUUAAUCCUAAUAAAAGACACAGAGAAGUAUAUGUUGAAGCAUUGUUAAAACUGCACAAGCUUAUCAAUCAAACAUGAAUAUGAAUGUCAAAUCAAUUUAAAUGGCACCAUUAGUUACUCUGUUUGAACUUUCAGGAUUUUCUGCACUUUAAUUCAAAGGACCUUUGUUAGAAUUCUAGGUGUCAAAAGUCAAGAGACGUAAACCUUUGAUUGAGCUUUCUGUGCAGAUGUUCAUCUUGUGUCAGGUUAUGGUGCAAAUGAGGAAACGGGUGGAAGUGGAUUCAUAAGCAAUCAAUAUUUAACAUCACCAGUUCUUGAGAUCAAGUUAUGAAAGUCAUGGAAAAAUAGUUUAUUUUACAAACUGUGGGUAUUUCUAAGUAUAUGCUACGGGUUGAUUUUUCUCACACCGCACAUUUAACCAACUGAGCUUCAUUUAGCGAUUAGAAAGAGUGGCUGUCCAGUUAUUCUUGAGGAUGAAGGACACACAGGAUGUUGUUUGUCACCCAAAAAUGUUGAUUCCCUGUUUUUUCUGUCUUUAAGAUUCUCAUUAUUCCUUAAUUAUGUUAAAACAUAACACUGAUUUAGUCUGCGGGCCAUGCAAAUGUGCGACUUCUACUGUUUGAACCAGUAUAAAUUACAUCAAGUGAAUUUAAAAAAAAUCUAUUUAUCAAGACGUGCAAAGCGUUUUUGUACCAAAUUACAACGAAAUCAAUAAAAUUUGAAUCUCUUGCA